UUACUAUCGUUAAGAUGUAUAUUAAUUUGGAGUGGCUCUAAUGGGUUCUUGCUUCCAAUUAAGCAGCAAAAGGUGGUCGUCAGAUUCUGCGCGAAGAGCAGCAGCAAGUCUCGCUCCAAAGCCCUCACCAUUGCCGUCGGCGUUCAAGGGGUGACAUCGGUGACGCUGAAGCAGGACAAGGACGAGAUGGAGGUGGUGGGAGAAGGGAUGGACUCGGUGGUGCUGACGACCCUGCUAAGGAAGGGCGUCGGCUUCGCAGAACUGGUGAGCGUCGCGUCGGCGGAGGAGAAGAAGAAGGAGGAGACGCCGGUAGUAGUCAGCUCGCCUUGUUACUACACCUAUGGCCCGCCUUAUUACUGCACAAAUUGGGUCCUGCCAUGAGCAUUUCCUUGUUGCUAUGGCCACUCCAUCAUUAUGUGAAGGAGCAAAAGAAAAAGAAAAACUGUU